AUGAGUGCUCCAGCAUCCCUGCGGGCCCUGCGGCCGUGUCUCGGGUCCAUUGCUCGCCCGGGAAAAUCAUUCGCUCCGGCCACAUUGAAUUCCCAAAUCCGUCAAGCCACCUUCUUCGCGUCGCAGAAUAAGCGCCUGUCCGUUUGUCAGCCGCGAUGGCCCUCUAUUUCCAAGCGAACCGCUACAACUUCGCCCGAGUCACCUCCAUCCGAGCCCGUGCCCACCACUCCUUACUCCGCAUUGACCGUCGGAGUCCCUCUUGAGAUCGUCCCUGGUGAACGCCGUGUGGCAAUCACCCCGCAAAAUGUCGCGUUGCUCCUGAAGAAAGGUGUUUCUCGUGUUCUCGUUGAACGCGGUGCCGGCGAGGAAGCCCAACUCUUGGACCAUGCCUACGAACAAGCCGGCGCGACGAUGGUCGACCGCGACGCGAUCUGGUCUCAGAGCGAUAUUGUGUUGAAAGUCCGCAGUCCCCAGGCAGAGGGGCCAUUCAACGAAAUCCAGGCCCUACGCAAAGGCUCCACGGUUAUCUCUUUCAUGUAUCCCCUCCAGAACAAGCCCCUCGUUGAGGCCCUCGCGGCGCGCGGCGUGACCUCCUUUGCGAUGGACCGUAUUCCGCGAAUCUCCCGUGCACAGGUCUUCGAUGCGCUUAGCUCCAUGGCUAACAUUGCGGGUUACAAGGCGGUGCUGGAGGCUUCGAAUCAUUUUGGUCGCUUUUUGACCGGUCAGGUCACUGCUGCUGGAAAGAUUCCCCCGAGUAAGGUUCUUGUCAUUGGUGCCGGUGUAGCUGGUUUGAGCGCAAUUGCGUCCGCCCGUCGGAUGGGUGCUAUUGUCCGUGGCUUUGAUACCCGUCCUGCUGUUCGCGAGCAAGUCCAGUCUUUAGGCGCUGAGUUUAUCGAGGUGGAUUUCCAAGAAGAUGGUUCUGGUCAAGGUGGAUACGCUAAGGAGAUGUCCAAGGAGUUCAUCGAGGCGGAAAUGAAAUUGUUCAUGGAGCAGGCUAAGGAGGUUGAUAUCAUCAUCACCACGGCUCUGAUUCCUGGCAAGCCUGCACCCAAGCUCAUCACCAAGGAAAUGGUUGCUGCCAUGAAGCCCGGCUCUGUCAUCGUUGAUCUUGCCGCCGAGGCAGGUGGUAAUUGCGAGGCUACUGUUCCUAACAAACUGAGCCGGUACAAGGACGUUACUAUCAUUGGCUACACGGAUCUUCCCUCGCGUCUUCCUACUCAAUCUUCAACUCUAUAUUCGAACAACAUCACUAAGUACCUCUUGUCCAUGGCUCCUGCGGAGAAGAGCUUUGGAAUCGACUUCAAGGAUGAAGUUGUUCGUGGCUCCAUCGUGACUCUCAAUGGUGAAAUCAUUCCCCCUGCUGCUCCUCCUGCGCCUCCCCCAGCUCCGAAGCCAGAGGCACAGGCAAUCGCGGCAAAGGAAGAAGUGGCUUUGACGCCCUGGCAAAAGGCCACACGCGAUGUGGUCGCAGUCACCGGUGCUAUGGGCACCACCCUAGCUCUAGGCAAAGCGACCGGUCCGAUCUUUAUGGGCAACAUGAUGACCUUUGGCCUCGCUGGUCUGGUCGGUUAUCGCGCUGUGUGGGGUGUAGCUCCUGCGCUCCACUCGCCACUGAUGAGUGUGACCAACGCGAUCUCCGGUAUGGUCGGCAUUGGUGGGUUGUUCGUCAUGGGAGGAGGCUAUGUGCCGACUACUAUCCCCGAGUAUCUGGGUGCUGCGUCUGUACUUUUGGCAUUCGUGAAUGUGUCCGGUGGCUUUGUGGUCACGAAGCGAAUGCUGGACAUGUUCAAGCGUCCGACUGAUCCUCCCGAGUACCCCUGGCUGUACGCUGUGCCCGCUGUUGUGUUUGGAGGUGGGUUCGUCGCGGCCGCCAGCACUGGCAUGGCCGGUCUGGUCCAAGCCGGGUACCUUGUCAGCACGCUUCUGUGCAUGGGCUCUAUCUCCGGUCUCGCCUCGCAGCAAACCGCCCGUCGAGGUAAUAUCUUCGGUAUCCUCGGAGUUGUUUCUGGUAUCUUGGCUUCAUUGGCUGCAGUCGGCUUCUCUCCCGAGACGCUGACGCAGUUCACGGCUGUUGCGGGAACUGGAGCCUUGAUCGGAGGCUUGAUCGGCCGUCGCAUCACACCCACAGGUCUUCCCCAGACCGUUGCUGCUCUCCACUCGGUUGUCGGAUUGGCCGCUGUUCUCACCAGCGCCGGAAGUGUCCUCGCAGACAUUGGCGAUAUCACAACUCUGCACCUCACAACCGCCUACUUGGGUGUUCUUAUCGGCGGCAUUACGUUCACUGGCUCGAUCGUUGCUUUCCUCAAGCUGGCAGGGCGCAUGUCCUCCCGGCCAACCAUUCUGCCCGGCCGACACGUUGUCAAUUCCACUCUAUUGGGCGGUAACAUUGCUACCAUGGGCGCAUUCCUCACCAUGGCACCAGGAAGCCCUGCUAUUGCAGCCACCUGUCUGGGAGCAAGCACAAUCCUCAGUUUCCUGAAAGGAUGGACCACAACCGCCGCCAUCGGUGGCGCCGACAUGCCCGUCGUCAUUACCGUGUUGAACGCCUAUUCCGGCUUCGCCCUCGUAGCCGAAGGCCUCAUGCUCGACAACCCCCUGCUGACUAGCGUCGGCUCCCUAAUCGGCGUCAGCGGUUCCAUCCUCUCCUACAUAAUGUGCGUCAACAUGAACCGCUCCCUGACAAACGUCCUCUUUGGCGGCCUCUCCAGCCCAGCAGCGCAAACGCAGAAGAAAAUGGAAGGCGAAAUCACGCAAAGCAGCAUCGAGGAGACAGUCGAAGCCCUCUCCGGCGCUGAAAACGUCAUCAUCGUCGUCGGCUACGGCAUGGCCGUCGCAAAGGCCCAGUACGCCCUUGCCGAGAUCGUGCGUAUCCUCCGUGCCCGUGGUGUUAACGUCCGCUUUGCUAUCCACCCCGUCGCUGGCCGAAUGCCCGGUCAAUGCAAUGUCCUACUUGCCGAAGCUUCCGUUCCAUAUGAUAUCGUGCUGGAAAUGGAAGAAAUUAACGAAGACUUCGCCGACACGGACGUCACUCUCGUCAUCGGCGCAAACGAUACCGUUAACCCCAUCGCCAUGGAGCCUGACUCUGCCAUCUCUGGCAUGCCAGUUCUGCAUGCAUGGAAGAGUAAGGAGGUCAUCGUGAUGAAGCGCGGCAUGUCUAGCGGAUACGCCGACGUCCCCAACCCUAUGUUCUUCAUGCCUGGUACACGCAUGCUAUUCGGCGAUGCAAAAACUUCUUGCGAUGCCAUCAAAGCUGCUCUAGAGGCGCGGAAGUAG